UGUGGCCAUCUUGGAGGACCUAAUCAAAUCAACUUAGCAGAAAAAAUAUUUCUACUUUACUACUCUACAUCCUAGAGCAUUUAUUUGUCAAGUAAAUGACAUACAUUUUUUUGAACAUGAAUCUGAAUGAUAUACUCCAAAGUUUAGACUGUUCUGGACAUUUUGGACACGUAGUAAGUACCGAAGAAGCCAUAAUCCUCCACAAUUCGCUUCUAAUUCUUCAAAAUGAAAACCAUUUUAAAGAAGUAUUUUUCUGGGGAAAAAUUUAUGGUUGUGAAAAAGACUAUUUUGUUGCAUACGGUUAUGAGAAAGAUAUUUUGUAUGGGAAAGUAUUCUAUUAUAGCCAGAACUGCAUUGAUUGGGGUUUAAUGCCGAAGGCGACGAAAAUUGGCUUUUUAUUGGCACCCCUAUGCUCCACAAAAUUUCAGGGUGAUCCUUCUCUUAUAAUUGAUAUCCUCAUAGAAAAAGAUGAUACUUUGGUCCCAGGCAAAAGAAAACAGCCCGAACUAAGAAAACUUAAAGAAGAAGACCGUCUAGCUGCUACCGUCUACCUUAUAAUGGACGAAGCUGGAAUUAUACCUAGAGCAGGUAUUUUUCGCAGACCAGAUGGUGUAGUAAUAAAUAACAUCGCGUUUGAAGGACUCAAAGGUAUUGAUGCAAGAGAAUGGUCCUCUUAUGUACAUUUUCGUGUUCCGACAAGAAAACAGAAUACCAAUUUGUUGACGAGAGAUGAUUACAAUUAUGCUACUGAUUUUUUGGACCCCCUCGAUAUUGACAUCCCAGAAGGGUGUUGGAUGUUGUUGAUUAACCAAUCUGAGGAUGUGGUCAUUUUGAAAAACUUAUAUUGGCCUGGUUUAGUUUUUUAUCAUCAUUUGAGAACACCCAAACAUGGCUUUGUGUAUUUUGGUCAUGGUAAAAAAUGUUUAGAUGUUCCAUUUAUGCUGAGUCCUUUCUUGGUAUAAAUAAUUAUUUUGUCAUAUAAGUGUUAUACAAUAAAUAAAUUUACUUUACAGUGAAACAAGUAUUACAUUUUUAGGCAGAUACCAUUUGUAAAUGUAAAAGGGUACCAAAAUCAGAUUGUCUAUUUGAGUAACUUAAUUUAGUUGGUACUUCAAUACAUGUUUCUACGACACGAACUUUAGAGUUUUUCUCAGUACUACCAUUAAACAUGUAGGUAAUUCUGAAAUUGAAUAAGCACUGAAAAUUAUUAAAAAACUGACAUAUUCUGCCUUUCUUAUAAAGGUAUGGGUACAUUAAUCUAUGGUUAAAGCAGUCAUCGUUUCUGAAAAAUAUUUCUACACCCAAAUCAGUAAAUUUCAGCUGAAGGACCUCAGUCAAUGGCCUUUUGUAACUUUAAGUUUCAAUAAAGCACUUUAUUAUUAAUAUUAUAUUCAGUAAAUUUCACAAUAAUCCAUAUAUUUUAUGUACGAAAAGAUGGGUUUCACAUUCUCUUUUACAAUAGGGUGACCAUAUUUCAUUUGACCCCAAAUGCUCCUCAUUGCAAAACGAGAGAAGUCAUGUAGAAGAGGAACCUUUUUUUUUAAUCCUCAAGUCUUAUUUGUUACUUUCCAGUAUAUUUAUGUGUAUCACAUUCGUCAGUGUAAAUCGCAAAGUGCGUAACUCGAUUUAGGAAAAUUUUACAGGAGAGUCAAAAAACUAAUUUAAAUUACAACCCUUGAACAUAUUAUAACUUAAUUUGUUUUUAUAAUGUAAUUUGGACGAAUAAUCAAAUAAAAGCAGCGUUUUGCUGUACAAGAUUAAAUGCUGGACAGACUUUGAAAAAUGCUGCAGGUACCUGUUCAAUAGAUCAAAAUGUUAAUAUAUAUUGGUCACUCUAUUUAGAUUUUGCAAUAACCAUUAAAUUGAUAAAACAUUAUUUCAUAUUUAUUUAACUAAUCAAUGUAUUUUAAUAUAAUUAAUAGUACCUAUAGUGUGCAACAAAUUGUAAAAUUAAACCUUUUAUGUAUGUGUGUGUGUGUAUGUAUUUCUGUUUGGCACUGGUUUCAAAACCAACUGGCCAGUCAAUCUUUAAUUAAUUUUAAUAAAGUUUAUUUUGUGUUAAUUCAAUGAAAGCCACAUUACAUUCUAUAUUUUACAAUCUCCACUUCACAUAUUAUAUGCAAAUGUUCUUGUAAAUACUUGUAUUAAUAUAUUCUGUGAAUUUUGUUUAGUUUGCAAUCUUUGCAUACUGUGCGAUUUGUUAACUAUGCAUUAUUUGCAUAAGGAGCUAUUUGCUGCACUGAAGGUCGUAUUCAUAUGUUGAGAGUAUGUUUGUGAAUGCUUUUCAUAAUGUUUGGGUCAUAGGUGAAAUAUAUAUUAAAUAAUGUCAGUAUUCAUAUAUCAUUUAUAUCUCGCGAGGCCUUUAUGUAAUUCUUUUCAGUCACUAGAUGUGGUUAUAUCCAUAUCAGAUACCCAGAAUUUCUUCUUGGUUUCGAUUACUGCCUUUUCUAUUGGAUUUGUUCUUACAUCUGCUUCAGUUCAAUGUUCCUCAGUUUGUUUGUCCCUGGCCUCCACAACAUAUCUCAUGUGUGCUGCGCUGACAUCUAGUCUACUCAUAAAUAAUAUGUAUAUUUUAUCUACCAGUCUACUUCUCAAUGUAUUCAAAUUUCAAAUGUGUCUUCAACGCAUCUAUUUUUAUGCUUCAAUACUCUCCAAACCUUAUUUUCUUAUUAAAUAUUGAUAUCGUAAACAUUAUUCCAAUUCAAAUAAAAAAAAAUGCUAUCAAUUUUGUCCAGAUGUACAUUGGAUUAGACUGGUGGUUUGGUGCCGUAUUAAUAUUAUAAGAAUAUAGGAAAUAUUUUUUUUAUAUUCGACAAUAUACUUUUUUUUUAUUUAUUUAUUACAACUCCAUGAUAAUGAUAACAUUACAUUUGAAAUUAUCAAAUUAUGUGAAAUUAUAUAGAAUAGAAAUAAAGGUUAUGAAGUAGCGGUGUCGGCGUCGGUGUUCUUCUUAUUGUAAUCGGAAUCGGACCUUAUCAACAGAGACUAU